UCAGCUACCUCAUGACCAUGGCAACUGCCUCCUCCUUCCUCCUCCCCCUCGUCUUCUUCUCGGCCACACUCGUCCACCACCGCAUCCCUCCCGCAUCCGCGUGCCCCGACGUGGCCUCCAUGACCGUGGACGCCGCGUGCGAGAAGGCGGCCGGCACGCGGCUCAUGUACGAGCUCUGCAAGGACGCGCUGCGCGACGUGACCUACCCGACGAACGGCGUGGACCUCUACGCGCUCGUGGGCGCCAAGCGCGCGCUGGCGUCCUACGGCGACACGGCGCGCGCCGCGGGCGCGCUGCACGGCAACGCCUCCCUCCCCGGCGACGAGAGGGACGCCUACGCGUCCUGCGAGGAGUCGUACGGCGCGGCGACGGCCACCAUGGACCGCGUCGCCGCCGCGCUGGUCGCGUGCCGGUUCAUGGACGGGGAUCUUGGGAUGGUGUACAGGGACGGCGUCGCGCAGGUGGAGGGGUGCAGGGACCGCGUCAUGAAGCUGCCGGCGUCGCCGCUCUACGCCCGGAGCCUGGUCGACCGGAACUUGGCCGUGCUCGCCUACUUCCUCGGCAAAUUGCUGGGCGUUCAGUAAUAAGUAAUAACUAGCACAGCAGCAGGUGUGUGGCGUCAAAUAUGGAUCUUGGAUUGAUAUAUGUGUGAUUUCUGGGUGUGGUAGAAUACUUGCUGAAUCGACGGCUCCAUGCAUGCUGUUCUGCUGUGCGACAAGCUAAUUUUCCGGUUGAUAAAUUUCAUCAGAUGAGGGAGACUGAUGAAACAAAUAAACUGCUGCCAUUUUU